AUGACCACCAUCUACUCGCCCGCAGAGCACGAGGACUACCGUCCUGGUCGCGGCGGCCUCCCGCCCCGUGCAUGGCACAAGUCGGACGCCCAGCGUCUCAGCCUCAACGACACUUGGAAGUUCCGUCUGUCCGAGACCGCUGCUGAGGCUACCGACUUUGCUGAGCAGAGCCAGUUUGAUGAUGCCAAGUGGGACACCAUUCCUGUGCCAGCGUCUUGGGUGCUGGAGGGCUUUGGUUCUCCCAUCUAUACCAACGUCCAGUACCCCAUCCCCCUGGACCCUCCUCACGUCCCCACUGCCAACCCGACAGGUGACUACCGCUACUCGUUUGAGCUCCCCACGGCAUGGCCCAAGGAUGGCAAGACUGUUCUCCGCUUUGACGGCGUUGAGACUUGGUGCAAGGUCUGGGUGAACGGCAAGGAGAUCGGCACUUCGUCUGGCUCGCGCCUGCCUGUCGAAUUUGACGUCACCGCGGUUGUCACACCCGGUGUCAACACCGUCGCGGUCCGUGUCACUCAGUGGGCCGCUUCCACCUACCUGGAGGGUCAGGACAUGUGGUGGCUUCCCGGAAUCCGAGUCUUAUCUCCCGAGCCGAGUGAGACAGAUCAUCAGCUCAUGCCCCAGUUCCGUGACGUUACCCUGCUCCACCGUCCUGUUGACGCCGUCGUGGACCACUUUGUUCACGCUUCCUACGACCACAUUACCGGCAAGGGCACCCUCAAGGUUGACUGCAACCCGUCUGGCCGCGUGACCAUCCCUGAGCUUGGUAUCGACAUUGCCACUGGCGAGGAAAUCACUGUUGCUGUCGAAGCCUGGUCUGCCGAGUCGCCUCGCCUUUACCAAGGUGUCCUCUCCACUGGGGCCAAGGGCGAGAAGGUUCCUCUCAGCGUUGGUUUCCGCACCGUUGUGAUUGAGGAUGGCCUGAUGAAGAUCAACGGAAAGCGCAUCCUCUUCCGCGGUGUCAACCGUCACGAGUACCACCCUACCAAGGGCCGCUCGGUCGACCACGAGACCAUGGUCAAGGAUGUCGCGCUCAUGAAGGCCAACAACAUCAAUGCUGUCCGUACUAGUCACUACCCUCCUCACCCCGACUUCUUCGCGAUCUGUGACGAGUACGGUCUGUACGUUGUCGACGAGGUCGACUAUGAGAGUCACGGUUUCUCGUGCAUCGACUGGCGCAACAAUCCCACCGACCUUGCGGUCUGGACCCCGGCUCUCAUUGACCGCACUGCCCGCAUGCUCGAGCGUGACAAGAACCACGCGUCGAUCGUCAUGUGGUCGCUCGGAAAUGAGUGCGGUGUCGGCUUCAACAUUGGCGAGAUGGCGACAUUCAUCCGCCAGCGCGACCUGUCGCGUCCUAUCCAUUACGAGCGUGACUGGACCGCCCGCUACGUCGACGUCUACUCCCAGAUGUACACCUGGCACAAGGAGGUUGAGCGCAUCGGCCAGGGCAUCGACGAGUUUGCCCCUCAGAAGUACGCCGACGUUGCCGCCUUCAAGUUUGCUAGCCCCGAGGAAGAGGCCAAGAUCAAGGCUCGCCGCGACAAGAUGCCCUUCCUUAUCAUCGAGUACGGCCACGCCAUGGGUAACGGUCCCGCGGGUCUGCAGGAGUACCAGAGGCUCUUUGAAAAGUACCCCCGUUGCCAGGGUGGCUUUAUCUGGGAGUGGAUCGACCACGGCUUCCCCAAGAAGACCGCGGACGGCCAAGAGUACUACGCAUAUGGCGGUGACUUUGGAGAGGAGGUUCACGACGGAAACUUUGUCUGUGACGGUCUUCUCUUCCCCGACCGCACUGCUUCGCCUGGUCUCCUCGAGUACAAGAAGGUGAUCGAGCCAGUUCACAUCAAGGACGCGGGCAAGGGUACCGUCUCGAUCAAGAACGGCUACGACUUUGUCAACUUGUCGCACCUUGCCUUCACCUACCGCGUCGAGACCGACGGCAAGGUGGUUGCCGAGGGCAAGCUCGAGGUUCCCAAUGUCGCUGCUGGUGAGACUGCCACUGUCCAGCUGCCGGCUGUUCAGGUCGGCGCUGGCGAGUCGUUCUGGAUUAUCACUGCCUCGCUCGCCAAGGAGACCCUUUACGCUCCUGCCGGCCACGAGGUCGCCUGGACCCAGUUCCAUGCCGCCGAGGCUCCCAAGGCCGUUGCCUCCCCCGCUGGUGUCGCCCCCGUCCUCUCGGGCGAGACCAUCACCCUUGGCCCGGCCACCUUCACCAAGCUCGGUGCCCUCGUCAAGCUUGGCUCGCUUCCCGUCGCCGACUCGCGCCUCACCAUCUGGCGCGCGACCACCGACAACGACCGCGGCGCCGACCUGGAAGGCACCGAGGCGUACAACGAGGCCCACGUGUAUGCCAACAUCUGGAAGGCUGCCGGCCUCGACCGCUGCCACACCCGCGUCGACAAGGUUGCGAUCGAGGGCGACGCCCUGGUUGUCACCACCCGCCUUGGCGCAGCCAACACCGACCGCGGUCUUGUGACCGUUUACACCUGGACUGGCAACAACGACGCAGUCCACGUCGACGUCCAGAUCCGCCCCGACGGCCCCUGGACAGGCAUCCCCCUGCCCCGUGUUGGUCUCCAGUUCGGCUUCCCGGCCUCGCUCUCCAACGUCAGCUGGUUCGGCGAGGGUCCCGGCGAGUCGUACAGCGACACCCGCUCGGCGUCCAAGGUCGGCGCGUACACCUCGACCAUCGAGGGCCUCCAGACCCCUUAUGUCUAUCCCCAGGAGAACGGACUGCGUCUUGACGUCCGCCACGCCCAGCUCACCGGUACCGAGGGUGGCGUCGCGAUCGAGGGCUCGCCCCUCUUUGGCCUCACCGCGCGUCGCUGGUCCACCGCCGAGCUUGAGGCUGCCAGGCACACUCCCGACCUCAAGGCCGGUGACAAGGUCUGGGUCAAUGUCGACUACAAGCACAGCGGCGUCGGCACUGCCUCGUGUGGCCCCGGUGUCCUCCCGCAGUACCAGAUCCCGGCCACCCCGAUGGACUUUGGCGUCACCCUCCGUCCUCUCUAG